AUGGCAUUCAACCAUACAGACUCGCUGCAGUAUGUUUUUGGUCCUGACCCGGAUCAGAACCCUGCACAGUUCUUCUUCAAUCCUCCUAAAAUCAAGUCUUUUGCGUUUACGGCGCCUAAUUUUGGAAACAACUUACGUGUCAGUACGAUCAAAAACGAGAAACUUGCCGCUUUGGUGGAAUUGGCCAAUGAACAAGGCAGAAUCUCCAUGCCAUUGGCUUAUGGAAUGGGCUUCGUGACAGGUAUCUACGAGAACCUCGUGCCUGUGCUUUCGUCGCAGGUUGGAUUUAUGGAAUUCAAGAAAGUCGGGAUCGUGAACCAGAACCGUACUGCCAAGUACACGGUGAAGUUGUUCAACCAGCUUGUAUGGCUGAUCUACCUCAGUGGAGACCCUAAUGUGGAUCUCCAGUUGGCCGACAACAACCACAUUGUGGGAAAUAACGCGUCCAGGCUUUGUGUGGUGCAAGUGUGCAAGGGCGAGUCUCCUGCCUACGAUGACGCUUGUGGAAAAUACCCAAUUGACGCCAAACUCUCUGGAUCCGUUGAUCCAGACAGAAAAACAGGCACCUACGCCUUCAAUUACGAAACCCACGGUUCCAGUAACCUGGGAUCCACCUUGGUCUGGUGUCUUCCCCACCACCAGGUCACCCUCAAGGAGGAUAUCAAAAAGAGAGACAGUGGUAUGCAGCUUGACUCACCAACAAACGGACCAAUGAGGGGCUACGUCACCGAUAAGUUAGAGUUUGAGGUGCCCAAUUUACCCCUUGAUAUCGGCUUUGAGCCCUGGACGGCUGUAGACGGGUUUGGCUUCAAUCCAGGCAACUACACCAACGAAGUCAAGCAGCUCAUUGGUCAGAUUGCAACUGAGGAGGUUGAGCAGGACGUGGCGGGCCAGUGUGACCUUGAUUCGAUGUAUUUCGGCGGCAAGCAAUUGGACAAAUACGCCUAUCUCGCCAUGGUGACCCAUUUUGUGCUUCAGGACCAGAACCUCACCGGCAAGAUCUUGCCCAAAAUCAAGGCCGCCAUUGAAAAAUACGCCAGCAACCAGCAGCAGCACCCCUUGCGUUACGACGAAAGCUGGAAAGGUGUCAUUUCUGAUACUCCACCGGACCAGGAUUUCGGUAACCUGAACUACAACGAUCACCAUUUCCAUUACGGCUACCAUAUCCACGCCAUUGCCAUUGUGGCCCGCAUUGACCCACUGUGGUUGACUGCCAACGACAAUUUGAUCAAAAACUACGCUCUCACUUUGAUCAGAGAUUACGGAAACCCUUCAGACAGCGACCCCUACUUCCCGCAAUUCCGUAACUUCGACUGGUUCCACGGCCACUCCUUUGCCCACGGUAUUUUCCCAAGUGGAGACGGCAAGAACGAGGAGUCCUCGUCGGAAGACUACCAUUCCAUUUACGCCCUCAAGCUCUAUGGUCAGAUCAUCAACAACCAGGAGUUGGAGAUGGCUGCAAAUUUGAUGCUCGGAAUUGAGAGAACGGCUCUCAACUACUACAUGAUGUACACCUCCGACAACAACCUCUUGCCGCAGCGCUUUACUGCCAACAAGGUUUCUGGUAUUCUUUUCGAGAACAAAAUCGACUUUGCUACCUUUUUCGGCAGGGGCACUGUUGGAGACGAGUUCGUGCACGGUAUCCACAUGAUUCCCAUCACGCCAAUGUCGUCGUACAUGAGAGGCUCCAAGUAUGUGAAGGAGGAAUGGGACGCCAAGUUGGCCGGAAUCGUGGACAAGAUUCCCGAUGGCUGGCAGGGCAUUUUGAAGUUGAACGCGGGACUUUUCGACCCAAAGUACUCGUGGAAGUGGUUUUCCCGGCCGGACUGGCAGAACAACUUGAUCGACCCUGGAAUGACCCGUUCGUGGGCCUUGGCCUACUUGGCGGGUAUUGGUGGCGCAAGGUGA